AUGGGUAAAAAGUCAGACAUCCAAUUGGUCCUCAAGAAUCAUGUCUCCGGCCAGUCGAACAAACCGUUAAGCAAACCUGCUCAUGCACUCUCCGCAGAUCAGGUUAUAUCCGAGCUCCACACGACCACGGAUGACGGUCUCACCACAGUCGAAGCGAAAAAGCGGCACGCCGAGUACGGCAACAACCAAAUCGGUGACGCCGGCGGUGUGAAUGCCACAAAGAUCUUGAUCCGUCAGAUUGCCAAUGCCAUGAUCCUCGUCUUGAUAUUGGCAAUGGCCGUUUCCUACGGCAUUGGCUCCUAUAUUGAAGGCGGCGUUGUCACAGCUGUCAUCAUUUUGAAUAUUGUCAUCGGAUUUGGUCAAGAAUGUCAAGCGGAGAAGACCAUGGACUCCCUGCGUAACCUUGCCUCGCCCACUGCAGUCGUGAUUCGAGAUGGCAACGAGAUAACAAUUUCUAACAUGGAAGUCGUUCCUGGAGAUGUGAUAGUCCUGAAAACCGGUGAUACUGUGCCAGCGGACUUGAGACUGUUCGAAGCACUCAAUUUUGAGACAGACGAGGCUCUCCUUACUGGAGAAUCUCUUCCCGUUCGCAAAGAAGCAGAGGAGAUUUUCGAUGAAGACACAGGACCAGGCGAUCGCCUAAAUGUUGCCUACGCCUCUUCGACUGUAACGAAAGGCCGUGCUCGAGGCGUUGUUUUUGCUACUGGUAUGUUCACGGAGAUCGGAUCUAUUGCUGCAGCGUUGCGCGGAUCUGAAUCACGCGUUCGACCUGUCCGCCGAAACUCGAAGGGCUACGCUAGUCCUCGCAGCUAUGCUCAGGCUUGGGGUCUGACAGCGUGGGAUGCGUUCGGUCGCUUCCUUGGCGUCAAUGUCGGCACUCCGCUGCAGAAAAAGCUUUCUCGACUAGCUUGUCUACUUUUUGGCAUCGCCGUCGUGUGCGCAAUCAUUGUGCUCGCCGCGAAUCGUUUCUCAAAUAACACGGAAGUCAUAAUUUAUGCAGUUGGAACAGGACUCUCCAUGAUUCCGGCUUCUCUGAUUGUCGUGCUUACGAUUACUAUGGCUGCGGGUACGAAGCGAAUGGUGGAGAGGAAUGUCAUUGUCCGUAAUAUGAAGGCUCUUGAAGCCCUUGGAGCUGUCACCGAUAUCUGUAGCGACAAGACUGGAACAAUUACUCAGGGUAAAAUGGUGGCAAAGAAAGCUUGGAUCCCAGCAAAGGGCACAUACUCUGUUGGCGACAUUGAUGAGCCAUUCAAUCCUACCAAGGGCGGCGUCACAUUCGAUGCACUUCCUCCGACUAAGGUCAAAAAGAGUGCUUUUUCUGAGAAGGGUGAAGGCCAGGAUACUGACGAGAUGCUAAACGAUAACCAGUAUCUGAAAGAUUUCCUUUAUGUUGCCGCCCUCGCCAACCUUGCCAACAUCCAUAAAGGUGAAGAUGGCAACUAUCACGCUCGAGGUGACCCUACCGAAAUUGCCAUUCAGGUUUUUGCUUCUCGAUUUGGUUGGGGUCGUCCUCGAUGGACCACUGGGCAGAACCCAACAUGGAAGCAGAUUGCUGAAUACCCUUUUGACAGUGAUGUGAAACGCAUGUCGGUACUCUUCAAGAAUCUAGAGACAGAAAAAGAUUUUGUUUUUACCAAAGGUGCUGUUGAGCGUAUUGUUGCAGCUUGCUCGAUGAUUCACCUUAAAGCUGGCCAGGAUGCAGUUCCUAUAAACGAAGAGAUCGAGAAGGACAUCUUGGAGAACAUGGAAGCCAUGGCCUCACAGGGACUUCGAGUUCUAGCACUGGCGAGUCGUCAUUUUGAAGGUGAAUACUCAAGCGAGAGCGAAAUAGACCGGGGCGAGAUCGAGAAAAACUUAACAUUCCGCGGAUUAAUCGGCCUCUACGAUCCUCCACGUUUGGAGUCGGCUCGCUCAGUCAAAAGUUGCCAGAACGCGGGUAUCAUCGUCCACAUGUUGACCGGCGAUCACCCCGGCACCGCAGCCGCCAUUGCAAAGGAAGUGGGUAUCCUGCCAGCUCGUAUGAAAGAUUAUGGCAAGGAAAUGCAAGAUGCCAUGGUCAUGACAGCAUCGCAGUUCGACAAACUCUCAGAUGACGAAAUUGACGCACUCCCAGUCUUGCCCUUGGUCAUCGCUCGGUGCGCACCAAACACCAAGGUUCGCAUGAUUGACGCUUUGCAUCGACGAAAGGCUUUCGCUGCCAUGACGGGCGAUGGUGUAAAUGAUUCCCCCUCGCUAAAGCGUGCCGAUGUUGGUAUCGCUAUGGGCCAGUCCGGCUCUGACGUCGCCAAAGACGCGUCUGACAUCGUGCUCACGGACGACAAUUUUGCCUCCAUCUUGAAUGCCAUCGAAGAGGGUCGUCGAAUGUUUGACAACAUCAAGAAAUUCAUCCUGCAUCUUCUCGCUCAGAACGUGGCUCAGGCUAUCAUUUUGCUAGUUGGCCUCGUCUUCAAGGAUUCGGACGACUUCUCCGUGUUUCCCAUCACUCCGGUCGAAAUCAUGUGGAUUAUCAUGGUCACUUCCUCUUUCCCCGAUAUGGGCCUCGGCUUCGAGCCCGCUUCUGCGGACAUUCUUCAGCGCCCGCCUCACAACCUGAAACGUGGUGUCUUCACCAUCGAGGUCAUGAUCGACACGGUCGUUUAUGGAGUCUGGAUCGCUGCUCUGUGUCUCUCUUCCUUCGUCCUCGUCGUGUACGGUCCGGGAGACGAUGGAUUCGGCGUCGGCUGCAACGACGCGUACUCGUCGCAGUGCGACACCGUUUUCCGGGCCCGUGCAACCGCCUUCGCGUGCCUGACGUGGUUCUCUCUGUUCUUGGCAUGGGAGAUGAUGCACAUGCGGAGAUCAUUCUUCCGCAUGAGACCGGACUCCCCGCAUUAUCUGACGCAAUGGAUUCGCGAGGUGUGGGCCAACAAGUUCCUAUUCUGGUCCGUCAUCGCCGGCUUCGUGACCAUCUUCCCCAUCAUAUACAUUCCCGGUUUGAACAGAGUCGUCUUCAAGCACGAGAGCAUCACGUGGGAGUGGGCAAUCGUCGUCGUAGCCACCAUCCUGUUCUUUGCCGGCAUCGAAACGUGGAAGUUCGGUAAGCGCGUGUAUUUCCGAAGGAUAGACAAGAAGACCUGGUCGGGGGACAAGCACGAUCUUGAGGGUCGAACGUUUGAGAGGUAUUUCUCAGGCAUGAGCGACGCUGGCAAAAUUUAUGACUCCAACAAGAAGCCGCCACAAUAG